AUGCCUUGGGGCCUCUCGAGACAAGCUCCUAGCAAAGUAGCCAUAUCGCGCGAUGGUCCCUGGCUCACACCUCGUGCGGAGGACCCUCAGACAACUACUAAGUCGGAAGUGCUAUCCGAGAAACGGGGAGAUGUGCCGCGGGAGCGGACAAAUGGGAGCGGACGGACGGGGAGUUUGUAUAUACUCCUCCCCUUUGACCCAUUUAAUGGCGAUCAAGCAACAUGCCGGGAAGACAAAGUAGCGACGAUUAAAAAACCUGCUAGUUGUAAUAUAGGUAACCUUAAUCGUCCGGAGAUAGCUUCGACUUACGAUAAGGGACCAGCGUUGACCGAUUAUGUAUUGAAAUUGCGGUUUGAGGCUUUGAGCUCUACAGGUCGUAUGAUUCUAGUCGUGAUUGAAGGCCUAAAGGAACAAUAG